AUGGCCAUAGUUCCUACAGUACCCGAUGUCAGGCUCUCGUUUGGCCCAAUGCUCAUUGGGGUCUUUCUGAACAUGAUUCUGUAUGGGAUAUUGAUUGUCCAGGUUGUCUACGUGUUCUUCAUGGAGACUCUUAACACCGGAUGCAACAUGGCCAUGAUGUACCAACCUCUGAUCCAGAAUUUCGGAAGGCCAGUCGCAACAACAUUAUUCCCAACACUAUUUGCCGCAGGUAAAGCCUCCCUCCGUGCUGAAAGAAAAAGUUUUAACCUCGCUUUGGCGGAUGAAGAACCGAUCACGAUUGUUGCGAUCUCGACUCCGAUACAACUCUUCUUUGCUUACCGCAUCUGGCUAUUAUCGAAGAACAACUGGCUUCCGGGUGUUAUUGCCUUCUUCGCCGUUGUGUCUCUCGGGGGUGGAACAUGGACCACUGUCCUCAUCGUGAAGGUCAAAGUAUUCGCCCGCAAACCCGAACUCCAUUGGCCUGCACUGCUCUGGUUCUUGUCAGCUGUCGUCUCAGACGUUAUGAUAACGGUGGUGCUUGUCAUAACACUCAAUAAAAGAAAAACUGGCUUCACCGCUACUGACGACGUCAUUUCAAAAAUCAUUCGAACGACUGUUCAGACAGGCAUGUUGACCGCCCUGGUUGCAAUUGGCGACGUCAUCUUUUUCAUGACUCUUCCUGUACGCUCCGCCAAUUUCACCGUGAUUCAAAAACUCAAAUAUAUCUUGUCGCGAUAUAGCACACUGCCUUGUACGCGACUGAUACCAGUGAUAUCCCAGAACUUCUACUGUACUGAUUCUUUACCAAGGAACUUCAUUUGGGAUUUGGCAUUGACAAAACUCUACGCUAACUGUCUAUUAUCCACUCUCAACGCCCGUGCCAAACUCAACGAAACCUCGGGGAAGUAUUCUAACCAGAAUAAUGUGCAGUUAUCCUCUGGUGACCGUAGAUUUGUAAGCGUGAACUCUUAUGACCAUGUCUUUUUCGAACGCUCAUUGAAAGCCAGAGGGAUUUUUAUUCCCCGACGGUAA